AUUUUUAUUAUUUUAGUUUUUUUUUUCUUUGAACUGACUUCUGCUGAAAGGACUAAGAAAAGUUGCACCGAGGCAGCACUGUUUUCUACCUCUUGCCCGGUUUCUGCCAGAUUAUUCCAGCAGAAGUAGGCUAUAUGACGCAAACAGCACGCUGAGCAAUCGUCUCAAAGUUUUUCUCCACAACUUUUUUUCUUUUUCUUUUUUCUUUUUGCAUCCACCAAUCACACGGUGUUUCAUGCUACAGCAAGUCGGUGCAGAUUUGUGGAGGAGCCAAAAGAACAAUUGCAUGAAACAAGAAAGAAAAGAAGAAACUUUGAUUAAUAAAUCCGUGUUUGCGACGCUCACAUAUCUGCAGAAGAGUCGCGACAACAGCAUGAGCGCAGAGAUGAGCAUGGGCCCGGAGCUGCCCAGCAGCCCUCUGGCUCUGGAAUAUGUCAACGAUUUUGACCUGAUGAAGUUUGACGUGAAGAAGGAAGGCCUGGUCGGGCUUGAUCGCAACGGGGUGCGCCAAUGUAACCGCCUCCAACCCCAGGGCUCCGUGUCAUCCACUCCAAUUAGCACGCCCUGCAGCUCGGUGCCCUCCUCGCCCAGCUUCAGCCCCACAGAGCAGAAGCACCACCUGGAGGAGCUGUACUGGAUGCCGAACAGCGGGUACCACCAGCAGAUAGACCCGCAGACGCUGAGCCUGACCCCUGAGGACGCUGUGGAGGCCCUGAUUGGUGCCACGGCGCACGGCCACCCGCAGGCUCCACACGUUCAGCAGCAGUUGCAGCAGCAGCAAGGCGCUUUCGAGGGCUACAGGGGCCCGCACCACCACCACAGCCACCACGGACACGGCCAGCAGCAGCAUCAUCAUCCGUAUGCGGGAGGCAUCCCGCACCACGCCGAGGAACUCUCCGGACACCCGGGGGGACACAACCAUCCGCACAGCCAGCACCAUCACCACCACAGCCAGGACCCCGACAGCCCAUCUCCAGUGUCCCCAGAGUCCCAUCAAACUCUGCACCACCACCGCCACCACCACCACCACCAUCCACACGGUCACCUGAGCCAGGCGGCCGCGCACCACAGCGGCGGAGGCGGCGGGCUCAACGUGGAGGACCGCUUCUCCGACGAGCAGCUGGUGUCCAUGUCUGUGCGGGAGCUGAACAGACACCUGCGGGGCUUCACGAAGGACGAGGUGAUCCGCCUCAAGCAGAAGAGGAGGACCCUGAAGAACCGCGGCUACGCGCAGUCGUGCAGGUUCAAGCGCGUGCAGCAGAAGCACGUGCUGGAGAACGAGAAGACGCAGCUGAUGAACCAGGUGGAGCAGCUGAAGGCAGAGAUCAGCCGGCUGGCGCGGGAGAGGGACGCCUACAAACUCAAGUGCGAGAAGCUGACGGGGUCAGGGGCCGGGAGCGGGUUCCGCGAGGCGGGCUCCACCAGCGACAACCCCUCAUCACCAGAGUUUUUCAUGUGAGUCGCCCUUUCUACAACAAACUCUCCCCUUCCCUCCACCUCGCCUUGAUUGACUCUUCUGCUGAACACACAGUAGAAGUCCACGCACCCUGUUUGAUUCUUACUAAUAACAGUGAAAUUAUAUUCAUAAUAGAAGAAUAAUCAAUCAGAUAGAUAUUAUUCUCAUAUAUAACCAUCUACAGAUGCCUCCAUGUGUCAAAAGAGAAGCAAAGAGCAGAGCAAAGCCCGAUCAGUCGCUGUACUUUUUUUGUAGAUUAGUUGCUUGUAGUGAAGAGACUCUUUGGGGGAAAAAGAGGAACCUCUGCUGAACAUUCUUCUCCUCUGAGGCUGCAGCUUUUUAAAACUUACCUGUGCGUAAAGCGUGAGCCACGGGAUCAAGACAGAAGUUUUUGCUUUGUCAAAUUCACGACACUGUUUAUGCAAAGAGAAACAAACAGGCCUGGCUCCCCAACAGCAUCGCAGCCUGCAAACCUGAUCCCCGAAAUUUCUUUACCCUCUCCAAAAAAUAAAAAAAAAA